AUGGCGGCGGAGUUGAUCCCGAAUCUUGCGCAGUUGCUACUGGCCUCAUCUCUGAGAAUCGCAAUCGUGCAUGGGCAACGCGAGAAGACCAUUACAGCGUCGCCCGGGUCACCAGGAACAGCAAUCACGCUGUUCGAGCUUCGCCAGGAUCGGCGAGGCGCGAAGCAGGCAAAGGUAGAACAGAACUGGAAUGAUUCACAUGUGCAGGCACUCGGAGAUGGUGGUGGCCUUCGAGCAGGCAGUCAGAGGGCAGGCAGCCCAGAGCGGGAGGCAUCUCCGAGGGCAGUUGUAGCUUUACGUCGUCAGCUUAGAGGAGGUGCUGCACGGGUUAUCCAUGUGCCCCGGCAGCUGGAGCAGAUGGAGGGUGGCCAUGGGAGGAGGGGCAGGAGGCAGAUGCUGAUCAUGAGAGCAGGAGCAGGCGGUGGGGCUCAACCAGCUCAGGUGGUGAUAGCAGGGAUCUGCAUACUUGUUUGGGUUGUAAAUAUUGGACAUUUCCGAGAUCCUUCUCAUGGUGGCUUUGUUAGGGGUGCCAUCCACUAUUUUAAGGUAGCUGUUGCUCUUGCUGUCGUGGCUAUUCCAGAAGGUCUCCCAGCUGUUGUAACAACGUGCUUAGCUCUUGGUACAAAGAGAAUGGCUAGCUUGAGCAUGCAUUGGUAUUCCUAUACAGCAUCAGAAUUUGAAGGAUUGCCUCCUUUGGAAAGGACAAGCGCAUUACAAAGGAUGGUUCUGUUUUCAAGAGUGGAACCUUCCCAUAAGAAGAUGCUUGUUGAAGCCUUGCAAACACAUAAUGAAGUGGUUGCUAUGACUGGGGAUGGUGUCAACGAUGCACCUGCGCUAAAGAAAGCGGAUAUAGGAAUAGCAAUGGGAUCAGGAACUGCAGUUGCAAAGAGUGCUUCAGACAUGGUUUUGGCUGAUGACAACUUUGCCACAAUUGUUGCAGCUGUUGCGGAGGGAAGGGCCAUAUAUAAUAACACGAAGCAGUUUAUCCGGUAUAUGAUUUCAUCAAAUAUUGGGGAGGUGGUUUGUAUUUUUUUGGCGGCAGUGCUUGGGAUGCCUGACACACUUAUACCUGUCCAGCUACUCUGGGUGAACCUUGUUACUGAUGGAUUGCCUGCAACUGCAAUUGGUUUCAAUAAGCCUGAUGGCAACAUCAUGACAGUCAAACCUCGGAAGAUAUUAAACAAUGCUCCUUUUCUUUGCGUCCCAGCUUAUGUUGGUCUUGCUACUAUAGCGGGUUUUGUUUGGUGGUUCGUUUAUUCUGAGAAUGGUCCUAGAUUACCAUAUUCUGAAUUGGUCAAUUUUGAUUCCUGUUCUACAAGGCAAACUUCAUAUCCUUGCAGUAUAUUUGAGGAUCGUCAUCCAUCAACUGUUUCAAUGACUGUGCUUGUUGUUGUCGAGAUGUUUAAUGCCUUGAAUAACCUAAGUGAAAACCAAUCUCUGCUUGUCAUUCAUCCAUGGAGUAACCUGUGGCUUGUUGGGUCCAUUAUUCUGACAAUGCUUCUUCAUGUAGCAGUCCUGUACAUUGAACCACUAUCAGCCCUUUUCUCCGUUUCUCCAUUGUCGUGGGUUGAGUGGAAAAUUGUUCUUUAUCUAUCCUUCCCUGUAAUUUUGAUUGAUGAGGUGUUGAAAUUCUUCUCGAGAAGCCCACGAGAGCAUCUUCGACAAUGGGUUCGCGAUUAUACAAUUCAUUGGGGUCUCAGACUCAGAUUGCUAGUUUUGCCGCUGCGGCUGCAGGAUGUGGAUGUUCUUGCUGUGUGCUUUCCCUGUACAUUACAAGCAGCCGGCAAUGGCUGUAAAUACCAGUGGAACAGGCUCAACUAA